CUACGUGUAGGUCGCUGUCACAGUACAGCGGUGUGACUCAGGACAGAGGCAGCGAGGAGAUUAACAACUCGUUUCUCACCUAUCAAGUUGUUGUUGAUUAUGAAAGCCAUCAGUCCCGUCCGCUCGGUGAGGAGCUGCUACAAGGCCGUGUGCUGCAUCUCGGAGCAGAGUCUCGCCAUCAGCCGGAAUAAACACGCGUGCGCGGACGAGCCGGCGGGCGCCCUGUGCGACAUGAACGACUGCUACUCCAAGCUGAAGGAGCUGGUGCCCAGCAUCCCGCAGAACAAGUCGGUGAGCCAGGUGGAGAUCCUGCAGCACGUCAUCGACUACAUCUUCGACCUGCAGAUCGCGCUGGAGGCGGAGGACGCGGCCGCGCCGGAGAUGGUGCUGUCAAUACAGACUGCUGAUCUAACGCACAAAUUCUCCAAAGACGAAGGACGGUUGUGCCACUAGGACGAGGAGGACAAAUAAUGGUGCAGGGAAACACAUGUCUCCACUUCAGUCCCGGGCAAGAGGACAAGAGGGGCAGAGAGAGAGAGAGAGGGAGAGAGAGAGAGAGGGUGGGAUAGGUAUUUGGGAGAGAAGGAGAAAAAGGAGGAGGAGGAGGGAGAGGGGGAGUCGAAGAAAGAAAAGACAAGAAAAGAAGUGGACUGUUUCCCCGAUGAGUGGGAAUCAACAGUAGUGCAUGAGCAAGAAAACAGAGCUUCAUUCUUUGCUCCUCCCCCACCCCUACCAUCGGACAGACAAAUCAACACACCAAAGCAGAAGCCAGGAUUGGAAAGUAAAAGCUAUGCCCAACUUUGUACGAACCUGGGAUUCCCUAUAGAUAGACGUAGAAAACCCUUGGCUCUUUCAUUUUCCUUUUUUGUUAAUGUGUUGCAUUCCAAACUUUUUUUAUUUAGAUUUUUCGGCCUAAACUCACGCCCGACCUGAACCCGUCAUCAUCUCACAUAAUCACCCCACCACCACCACCCCCACCUCCUCUGUUUUCUUAUGAUGUGUUACAGCUUCAUACGAAUGUGUACAUAUCUGCUGUGGGUAUGUAAGAGGUGCGAGUCAGUUUGUAUAAUCAGAACUCUAUACUAGAGUCAAUUGUAAAUGUUUGUAGGGAUUGUGUUAUUUCUACGGACAACGUGAUGCGAGUUUCAUAAACUCUUUAUUAUAAAAGUUUUGCUUUGUAUGUAUGUAUGUUCUUAUGUAAUGAAAUAAAAAGAAAACAUGUGAAACAUUGA